GCUUAUCCCAUUCUAUCCCCUCCUUUCUCUGAGUUCCUUCUUAUUCCAUCGCCUCAUUCUAUCCCCUCCUUUCUCCUGCUCGAUCUGCUGCUCCCGAGCACAACCACCUAGUCCCUGAGCUCCUUCUUCCGCCGAUGACCGAAGCCACCGAGCGGGCCCCGUCGUCCCCCUGCAUUCCUUUCCCCGCCAUCUCCCUCUUCCCUUAUUCUCUUUUCCCAGUUUACUCUCAUCUCCCUCUAUCUCUCUUGCUCUCUGUUGCAGGGAGGCCGCCAUGGACGCCCGAGGUCCUCCGCUCCGACCCAUGCCCCGACGGCCCUGCCGACGUCGUCGCCUAGGAAGACCACCAUGCCCACUGCAGGAACUUCGAGCCGACCCCGCAGCAUGGAGACCGCCACCGCCCAUCCGUUGUCGGGAAUCGCCGGAUCCGGCCCCUCUCCGGCCUGCCUCGCCGUCCUUCGUCCGUUCCCGAUAUCUUCCCGGCGCCAGGAGCUCAGGCGAGCGCCGCCACAAGACCCUGCCUCCUCUGCCCCGUAGCUCUCCAUGGAGGUCGUCGCCUCUCCAUCUCAAUCCACGAUGGUCUCCUCCAGGGGCCCGCCAUGGAGGUUGCCGCCUCUCCUGUCUCGAUCCGUCUGCCGCCGGAUCCACGGCGGAGCAGCCGAGAUCCGCCGCCCGUUACGCGACGCCUCGGCCCGCCAAGGCCAGCGCCGAGGCCGACAAGGCGCGCAGGAAGGCCAAGGCCCUCACCAAGCAACGGGAGGGCUUGCGGGCUAGGCUCGCCUACCGCAAGCGCACCCGCAAGCUCACCUCCAUGCCGGCCAAGGCCACCGCCGCGACGCUAGUUUUUUUUUAAAACGAAUAGUUUCCCAGAUCCACUUAAUAGGGAUUGCGGGUUGAUUUUGCAGAAAUAGAGGGACGUUUUUGUAAAUUGGUGACGACGUACGACCAGAAGCACUCCGUGCUUUAUUAGUAGGGAAAGAUUUGCACCGAUCACAGGCUACUAGGCCACGUCUAUCGUGACGCGGUAGCAUGCCAUUAUUAUUCUCCAGACUGUAUAAGAAUAAGGGUCGCGCUAACUGCCACACGUGUGGCAGGAAGGAAGACGCAUCACACGUCUCUAAUGUAAACAGAUUGCCAUGUCAUCGCAUGCAUGCAUGCAAGAAUCUUUUUGAAUUUUCAGUUUUUAAAAUAUUUUAUCUUUUAAACGAAAAAUCCGAUUGAAAAUCCGUUUUCACCAUUAAA